AGCCAUGAGGAACUUGAAUGCAGGAGGAAGAAGUCAAUGGAGCAAUUGAUGGUCUCAGAAGGAAAGAAUCCAGUCACAGAAUUAGCAGAAGGUGAAAAGGAAACUAAGGACAAGAGCAAUGGAAAGAAUUUUGUAGAGGCAAGUGCAGAGCAGAUUAAGGAGAAGGAAAUAAUGCAAAAUUCAAAUUAUGGGAAAACAAAUAAGGAAACAGCAUAUCAAGGCAAAUCUUAG